AUGCCUCCGAAAAAAAGGGCUAAUGGUUAUGUGCAAGGAUCUUCAAAAAAUUCCAAAAGAAAAGCGGAAAAUCAAUCGAAUUUCACAAUACAAGAGCUGUUCUUAAAACAGCGACUGUCAAUACCUGACACCCAUAAAUUAAUUGGCCACGCAGAGCCAGAACAAGGUAAACAUGUAGUUUCGGAUGAUGAUUAUAAUAUUGCGUUAAAGCUGCAAAAGGAAUUUGAUCAAGAAGUUGCUGAGGUGGGAGGCAACCAGAGGGAUGCCCUAAACGGCAAUGGGCUUGUAUCGGAUUCACCACAAAGAGGACAUCUGGAAGAGCCUUCAUGUUCUUUGAUGAAAGAAGAAGAUGUUCCGAACGAAGAUAGGGUUACAUUUAGUAGCAAUUGUAAAGAAACCUUUUUUAUUGACGAGGAUAUUUUUCAGCAGGAUCCUCUAGCCUUCGAAAAAUAUUGCCGCGAAAGGGUUUCGAUAACUACUGAAGUUGAUGCACCUUAUUCUUUUCUAGCGAAUACGUUUGUGCUAAUUAGUAGUACAAAAUCUAGAAUUCGCAUAGUCACCCUCCUCACUAAUUGUCUUCUGUUCUUAUUACAUAUAGAAAAGGAUUCUUUGUUGUCUGCGGUAUGGCUUUCUACCAAUGAUAUAGCACCCAGCUUUUACGGAAAAAAUUUAGGGGUCGGGCCUGCUAUGUACUCAAAAGCGCUGAAGGAGGUUUGCGGAAUAUCUUCACAAUCACUCAAGAACCUUUGGAAUCGUCACGGCGAUCCUGGUGAUGUUGCUUAUGAAGCUAAAGUGUCUGUGCGUACACUAUUUCAGCCUCAGCCGCUGACUAUCAAAAAGGUGUUCUCAACUUUAUUAAAGAUUGCCGAUUGUAUUGGUAAUGGGGCUCAAAAUCGUAAACUUGAAUUGACAAAAUAUCUUUUAAUAUCAGCUAAAGCAGAGGAAGUCCGAUACAUUGGAAGGAGCAUAAUGCAAAACCUUAGAAUUGGAGCUGUACAAAAUACUAUGCUUACUGCUUUAAGUAAGGCCUUUAUUAUUUAUUCCGAUUAUGAGAGACUAGCAAAUUUAGGGUCUGCUAGUUUACAAGAAGAGUUUCAAAAGGCGGAAGAAGCACUUAAACAAAGCUUCUAUCAAGUUCCAGAUUACAACAUUCUUGUGAAGACAUUGUUGACUACGGGGUUGAAUGACUUGACCCAACGUAUGUCAAUAAGACCGGGUACUCCAGUCAAACCGAUGCUAGGGUCAAUUACGAAAAAUUUACAAGAGAUGCUACACAAGUUGAAGGGUCACAAUUUUUGUUGUGAAUUCAAAUACGAUGGUCAAAGGGCCCAAGUUCACAAAUCCAAAACGGGGGAAGUAAAAAUCUUUAGUCGUCAUCUUGAAGAAAUUAGUGAACGAUAUCCUGACGUUAUAGAGUCUUGUCAAAUUGCACAGAAGACCAAUGCCGAUUACAUUAUAGAAGGAGAGUUGGUAGCUAUUGACAGUAAGUCAGGACAAAUUCUUGAUUUUCAAACACUGUCUACGAGGGAAAGGAAGAAAGUCAAUUUAAACGAAAUAACUGUUCAUGUCUGUUUCUUUAUAUUUGAUAUGAUGUACUUCAAAGGAGAGUCUUUGUUGCAGUGCCCUUUGUCCGUAAGAAGAAGAAAUAUUAUUGAAAGCUUUAAUAUCAUUCCAAAUCAGUUUCAGCUUGCCGCGUCUCUGGAAUCGAAAGAAGAAGCUGCUAUUCAGGAAUUUUUUAAUCUCGCGAUCAAUAGUAAAUGUGAAGGAUUGAUGGUGAAAGUUUUGGACGGGAUAAACUCAAAACUACCUUCGACAUAUGAGCCUGACAAACGAGGUGAAGGCUGGAUUAAAGUUAAACAGGAUUACUCUGAAGAGUUUGAAUCCUUAGAUCUUGUACCAAUCGGUGCUUGGUAUGGAAGUGGAAGAAAGGCAGGAUGGUUCAGUCCUAUUCUUCUUGCUGUAUUCAACCCCGAAAACGCAACGUACGAAGCGGUAUGUAAAUGUAUGUCCGGUUUUAGCGAUCAGUUCUAUAAAGAAAUUACUGAUCGCUAUUCCCUUGAUUCAGGAAAUAGUAGCCCGUGCGUGCUUACUUGUCCGCAUGCAAUGCGAGGUUUAAUAGAAAUACUAGCUUCGGCUGAUGAAGUCUGGGAAGUCAAGGGUGCACAGAUUACUUCUUCUCCUGUUUACAAAGCAGGUAUUGGGUUAGCUGAUGAAGACCGAGGACUAUCAAUUCGAUUUCCACGUUUUAUUAAAAUUCGAUCGGAUAAAGGUCCUGAGGACGCAUCUACUAAUACAAUGCUAGCUGAAAUGUAUAUGAAACAAAACCAGUGA